GACAGUGAAGCUCAUGAUUGAGAGAAAAAUGAAUGCACCGUCAAAAGCCCUUUGAAGGUGUAUUUUUGAAAUCCGACACAUUGCUUUCUCUCUCUUUCAUCUCCCCUUCCUCUUGCCAAAUCCCAACACUAUUUUUUGUAAUACCAGUGAAGAUUAUACUUUGUUUUUGUAGCGGUUUUAUUCAAGAAACUAUACGAGAAACUAUUCUUGAGUAGGCCUGUUUGGGGGGGUUGGAAAAGCCCUAAAUUUUCCAUCUGGGUCGUUGAGAUUUAGGGUUUAAUUUGAAAGCCACAUCUUCCAUUAGAACCCUAUAGAAAGUGUGCAUUGAAGCUGUUAUGUUGUGUAUAUGAUGUGCAAUUAGUUGUAUUAGGGUUAAGAUUUGUAGAAUUUGUUCCUUAGUUUUGUGUUUGAUUUUGAGAUGGAUGGGCGGAGAAUAUCUGCUAGUCCUCGUCCGUGUUGUGGUAGGAGGGUGGUGGCUAAGAAGCGUUCUCGUGGAGGGGUUGAUGGGUUUGUGAAUAGCGUCAAGAAGUUACAGCGGAGGGAGAUUUGUUCAAAGCGUGACCGUUCUUUCAGUAUGAGCGAUGCUCAGGAGCGCUUUCGAAAUAUUCGAUUGCAGGAGGAAUAUGACACCCAUGACCCUAAGGGGCAUUGUGCCAUGGUGCUUCCUUUUCUUAAGAAAAGAUCAAAGAUAAUCGAGAUAGUUGCUGCACGUGAUAUUGUCUUUGCCCUUGCACAAUCUGGCGUCUGUGCUGCCUUUAGUCGAGAGACAAAUGAGAGAAUAUGCUUUCUGAACAUCAGUCCAGAUGAAGUUAUACGAAGUUUAUUUUACAAUAAAAACAAUGACUCGCUCAUCACUGUUUCCGUCUAUGCAUCAGAUAACUUCAGUUCCUUGAAAUGCAGAACCACAAGAAUUGAAUAUAUUCGGAGAGGUAAACCAGAUGCUGGCUUUGCUUUAUUUGAGUCAGAGUCAUUAAAAUGGCCUGGUUUUGUGGAGUUCGAUGAUGUCAAUGGGAAAGUCCUUACUUACUCUGCCCAGGAUAGCAUAUACAAGGUGUUUGACCUGAAGAAUUACACAAUGUUAUAUUCAAUAUCGGACAAAAAUGUUCAAGAGAUUAAAAUAAGCCCGGGAAUCAUGUUGUUGAUAUUUACCAAAGCUAGUGGCCAUGUGCCUCUGAAGAUUCUGUCAAUCGAGGACGGUACUGUUCUUAAAUCUUUCAACCAUCUUCUUCACCGAAAUAAGAAGGUUGAUUUCAUUGAACAGUUUAAUGAAAAGCUUCUUGUCAAGCAAGAGAACGAGAAUCUUCAGAUUCUGGAUGUACGUAAUUCUGAGUUGACAGAAGUUAGCAGGACUGAGUUCAUGACCCCCUCAGCGUUCAUAUUUCUGUAUGAGAACCAGUUGUUCUUGACAUUCAGAAACAGAACAGUUGCUGUUUGGAACUUCCGCGGGGAGCUUGUUACUUCAUUUGAGGAUCACCUUUUAUGGCAUCCUGAUUGCAAUACUAACAACAUUUACAUAACUAGUGAUCAGGACCUAAUUAUUUCAUACUGCAAAGCUGAUUCUGAUGAUCCCUUAUCUGAAGGAAAUGCGGGAUCUAUCAAUAUCAGCAAUAUUCUGUCUGGUAAAUGCCUUGCUAAAAUAAAAGCAACCAGCGGCAAGGCCACUGAUGAUUGUAAUGCUAGUAGCAGUGUGCCUGGUAAAAAAAGUUACAACUCAAAUAAGCGGGUCCAAGAUUCCAGAAUUAGGAGCACGGUGGCAGAAGCCCUAGAAGAUAUUACUGCCCUUUUCUAUGACGAAGAGCGCAAUGAGAUCUAUACUGGGAACAGACUUGGACUGGUCCAUGUGUGGUCUAACUGACUAAUUAUCCUGCUCCCCUGAUGUCUAAGAUUGUUACUGAUGGAGGAAUGCCUCAGGUAACAUUGUAUCACUUAGUAUGGUGUUUUUUAGUCUUGUACCCAAAGGAAUGAUUUGAGUUGUGUCAUCUCUAUUUACUUUAAACUGUACCGUUGGUUUGUAAUGUGGUUGCUUGGGUGAUUACCCUGUUAGAUGAGGUAUUCUAGAUGAUUUCUAGUGUACUGCUAGUACUUUUGUAACUUAGGGCUGUCUACUGAGUUGUAGUCAGAGCUAGUUAACCAGUAAGUCUCAUUUAAUUCAGCCAUUCUAAUGCUUUAAAUGGUUGAGAGCACAGUGUUAUGUCUAAGUGACACUGCUUGUUGUUUCCUUAAGUGAAUGAUUCUUCUCUCUUUAGUUAUCGAGUGUUCCUCCCUUUA